CAGGAAAUGACAUCAGGCGGCCGCGGAGAUGGAGGACGUGCUGGACCUAGGCGAGGAGCGGCGCCGCGGCUCGGCCACCUCCGGACCCAAGAUGGGUCGCCGAGCUCAACAGGAGUCAGCUCAAGUCGAGAAUCAUCUCAGUAGCAAGAACUCCUCUUCAAUUCUGACUGGAGAGGAUGAAGCUAUCGCUGAAAACGUAAACAUGGCACCUGGGGGCCGUCAGACAUCCUGGAAUGACUGUAGAGCUCCCCCUCCCAAACCGCCCCGCAGGCAUGGAGGCUGGGCAGAUGAUUCCAUGAAGGCUUCAAAGUCAGGAAGGAGGGCUUCUGAAGAAAUAGAAGAUCACCGCCUCAGGCAGCAGAGCUUGGACAGAUCGGAUGAUGGAGGAGACAUUCCUGUUAUUCCGGAUCUGGAAGAAGUACAGGAAGAAGACUUUGCUUUGCAGGUGGCCGCCCCUCCCAGCAUCCAGGUAAACCGGGUGAUGACCUUCCGUGACCUGGACAAUGACCUCAUGAAGUACGCAGCCUUCCAGACCUUGGAUGGAGAGAUCGACCUGAAGUUACUCACCAAAGUCCUUGCACCAGAGCAUGAGGUCCGAGAGGAUGACGUCAGCUGGGACUGGGACCGUCUGUACACUGAGGUGUCCUCCGAGCUCCUCACCGAGUGGGACCUGCUGCAGGAGGAGCCCAUGGGACAGCCCGCGCACCCCUGAGCCCUGGGGGGUCAACAGCCUGCUCUCCCCGCACAGAGUAAUUUCUGCUUUGGACUUGAAAAAAAUGCCAUAAGCCUAAACCUAAAGAAGCUUGCCAACAGCUUCGAAUUUUUUAAUGGAGUAUUUUGUAAUAAAAGUACUUAUUUUCAGUAGACCACAUUGGAGCAUUGGUUGUAAUAAAUUACUUUAUUCUGUGG